AUGCCUCCACAAUGCGGUCAGCUUCCCCAUUCAUCAUCAUGGCGAACAGCACCAUCGCCGCCGCCGCCGCGGCCACCGCGGCCAGCAACAGAGCUACCCCACAAGGUGGUAUCCUCGAGGGGGGGUAAUCCCACUCACUAUGACACGAAAAACCCCAUUGUUGUGUUUAUUAUUCAGGCUGUCAUCAUUAUCGUCCUUUGUCGUCUCAUCCACUGGCCACUCUCCAAGAUCCGCCAGCCACGAGUCAUCGCCGAGGUCAUCGGCGGCAUUAUUCUAGGCCCCUCUGUUAUGGGCCACAUCCCCGGAUUCACUGAAGCUAUCUUCCCCACUGCCAGUAUUCCCAACCUCAAUGUCGUCGCAAACCUGGGUCUGAUAUUGUUCCUUUUUCUCGUGGGCUUGGAGACCGAUAUCCACUUCCUUGUCAGCAACUGGCGCACCGCCGUCAGUGUCUCGGCAGCUGGCAUGAUCCUACCCUUCGGUCUGGGUUGUGCUAUUUCCUUCGGCCUAUAUCACGAAUUCCAGGAAGACCCUGGCACCGUCCCGAUCGAGUUCGGCACAUAUCUUCUCUUUAUCGGUAUCGCCAUGGCCAUCACAGCCUUCCCUGUGCUCUGCCGUAUCCUGACCGAGCUGAAGCUUCUGGGUACCCGAGUCGGUGUCAUCACUCUAUCUGCCGGUGUUGGAAAUGAUAUCGUCGGGUGGGUCCUUCUGGCCCUAUGUGUAGCUCUGGUGAAUGCAGGUACGGGGCUCACGGCGCUGUACGUUCUGCUCGUUUGCGUGGGAUAUAUGCUUUUCCUGAUCUAUGGCUUCCGCCCGGUCUUCUUGCGCUUCCUUCGACGUACUGGCAGCCUGCAGAAAGGACCUAGUCAGUCCGUUGUCACUUUGACCCUGCUCAUUGCCCUGGCAUCUGCGUUCUUCACGCAGGUCAUCGGUGUGCAUGCCAUUUUUGGCGGCUUCGUUAUUGGCUUGAUGUGCCCUCACGAGGGCGGUUUUGCCAUCAAGCUGACUGAAAAGAUUGAGGAUCUGGUAACAGCGUUGUUCCUGCCACUUUAUUUCACACUCUCGGGUCUCAGCACGGAUCUCGGAUUGCUGAACAGUGGGAUCGUAUGGGGUUAUGUCGUUGGCGUCAUUGUCAUCGCCUUUACGGCCAAGGUGACUGGAGGCACAUUGGCAUCCCGUUGGACUGGCCUUUUGUGGAGAGAGAGCUUCUCCAUUGGUGUCCUCAUGAGUUGCAAAGGCUUGGUCGAAUUGAUCGUUCUGAAUAUUGGUCUUCAGGCAAAGAUUCUGAGUACUCGUACUUUCACUAUUUUCGUCGUCAUGGCCUUGGUCACAACCUUCCUGACCACCCCUCUGACCACUGCCCUCUACCCCGAUUGGUAUCAGACGAAGGUCGAGCGCUGGCGCCGAGGAGAGAUCGAUUGGGAUGGCAACCCUCUCCAGCAUGAUCGCCGGUCUGAUAGCGUCACCGCUGCCAAGGGUCAGCUUAAAACUGUUCCAGUCCGCAAGCUUCUAGCUUAUCUUCGCCUUGACGGUCUGUCAGGCAUUUGCACUUUGGCUGCUCUGCUUAGUCCCAAUCGCGGUUCCGCACUAGCGUCGCCUCGCAUUCACCCCUCCAAGGAACCAAAGCAAACUGAUCAGGGCAUUGAAGACGCCAUCUCGACGGAUCAAGAUGAAACGGCGCUUCGAGUUCAUGGCGUUCGACUUAUUGAGCUGACAGAUCGUGACUCCAGUGUCAUGCGGGUGUCCGCUGGCGAGCAGGCUCUCUGGGACCCCGUUGUCAACACAUUCCGUGCCUUUGGAGAAUGGCAUGAUAUUGCUCUCAUGGCGGGUGUUUCGGUCGUACCGGAGCACAGCUAUGCCGAUACCGUUGUCAACAUGGCUAGUCAGGAAACGACGGAUCUACUUCUGCUUCCUUGGAGCGAAACGGGGACUCUGACGGAUCGUCAGAAUGGGUUAGAGGUCGAUACCGCCUGUCGAUUUUCCAAUGGCUCAUACACCGAUUUUAUCUCCAGUGUUCUCCAGCGAGUCCCCGGCCAUGUGGGUAUCUUCAUUGAACACAACCCCGAGUCACGCUCUCCCAAGCGACCCUCUCUACCCCAUCCUUCGGCCAGCGGAAUGAGCAUUCAAUCUGUAUGGUCGCGAAAGGCCUCUGGUGACCGCUCUCACCAUCUUGUCCUCCCGUUCCUUGGAGGCGAAGACGACCGCUUCGCCCUCCGCUUUGUUCUACAGGUAGCGCAGAAUGACCAGGUCACGGCGACCAUAAUCCAAGUUCCUGGCCUACAGCUUCCUGCUUCCAGUUCCAAGAAUACGGAUGCAACCAGGGAUAGCCAGUCUGACAUUGUUUUCUUCGAGUCCCUUCGUGAUUCUAUCCCCGAGGAGCUGAAGGAACGUGUCGUCUUCCAACAAUCCACCACGCGGGAAACUAUCAGUGAUCCCACCCAACUAGCUCUCUCCGCAGUGCGGAGUGAACUGGACGAUAACAUUUCCGGAAAGUGGGGCAGUAUCGUCGUCGUUGGUCGGAACAGUACCCUGGCCGAGAGUGGCGCGUCAAUUGACGACAAUAUUGGAACUGAUACAUACCAUGCCCUUGGUGCGGUUGCCUCCACCAUGGUCGAUCCCCAGAGCAAGGUCUUUGGCAGUGUUCUUGUGUUACAAGCGAGCACUAAGACGGUUGUUGAUUACCGAUGA